GUCGCAUGUUGAUGACGCAGAUCUCGAGCGCGACAGGGGAAGUGCUCAGCCAGCUACUAUGGCUCCACUGCUCUUAAAUUUAACAUAAUAUUUUUACCACAUACAGCUGAUGAGGACUCAUCUGCAGAGAAUAUAUUUAGAGUGAUGGCGGAGGAGAGAGGAGAAGACAUCGUCUCUGAGUUCCUCAGUCAGAACCCACAGCUGGAGAACUGGCUGGGAUCUUUAAGAGGACCCUGUGAGACAAACAAACAGUGGCAUGCCAGAAGAGAGUUUGUCCUGCGGAAUAUGGAGGACUUUCCUUCCAUCAAACCUGGGAUCCCGAGUCCUAGUUUAGACAGACUUCUGUCUCUGUCCAUGGUUUGGGCCAACCACGUGUUUCUGGGCUGUCGAUAUCCACAGCCUGUAAUGGACAAGGUAAAUGAGAUGGCAGAAGGAAUCACUGUGAUUGAAGCCCCUGUGCGAAAGACUAGAGAUGAAAUCAUGGGGAAAACAAAGAGACCUGCACUUUCAGCAGUGGAUCCUGAUUCCCAGAGCAAGAAGACUAAACCCAACGAUACAGACGUUACAGCUCAUGUGAAGAGCGUUGGGCGUCCAGCUGCCAGUGCUCUCAAAUCGGGCCCUCCUCCAGGGGCUCCUGCAGAACACCAGCCCUUUUUUAAUCGACUCUAUAAGGCCGUUGCUUGGAAGCUUGUGUCUGCCGGUGGCUUUGGCCCCAACCUGGAACACUUUGAGAUCUUGCGCAGUUGUGUGGAGUCGUGUAAGGCCGCUCUUACUUGUGUGUUUGUUCCACUCAAAGACAUUCCUGACCUGCCUACGGGACGUACCCAGAAAGAAGGCCAGGUGUGUGAAUUGCGCUGCUGUACGGUCUACAUGGGCACAGGCUACGGGCGCGACGAGGCUGCCGCCAGGGCUAUGGCCUCCAAGGAAGCACUCAAAGUGUUUCAAGGGCAAAAAGUGACAGUGAAAGUUUGCCGCCGCAGGUUCCAAGGACAAGACGUAGAUGAUUUGGUUUUGUUGGAUGAACAGUCCAGGAGCCAAGUUUUGCCUCCGGCUCUCAGCUACCCCUUUCAGGAAAACCAGUAGAGCUUCAUUCUGCCACAAUGAAAUAAAGUUGUUGAUUCACCUGUGGCUGCUGUGAAAUUGUUUCUCAUUGCAGUUUUAAAGAGUUUAAUUUGUUCAGAUUUCACUUAUUCUCAUUCAGAGUAGCAAUGUGGAGAAGGACGGGUAGGUUUAUAGUAGUUUGUAAACGUGAUCCAAAAAAAAAUUUAAAAUGUUUCCGCUGAUGCAUUAGUCUUGCUUGUGGCUUUGAAGUUUAGUCGGUUUAGAUCUUCAUACUGUGAUUAUAGUUCAGUCUGACCUUGAAAAAUGUUGGUGGUUUCAAAAGCUGCCAUUUUAAUUGAUAAAUGUCAAUAGUCAAUAACUUUGGGGAUUUUUUGUUUCUAAAACAUUACAUUGAGAAUAUACAGUCUGCAGUCGAAUCUGUGGUUGGAUUUGUCCAUGUCCAAUAUUCAAAAAGAUGAUAAUAUCAAAAUAAACAUUGGAUUAAUACAUUAAUGGGUAACAAAAUUGUAAUGGUUAUACUAAGUUUGGAUUGUUAAAAGAAGAGAUUACAGUAAAGAAUAAUAAUACAGUAAAGAAAUAAGAUCUCGUUGUAAGCUUGAUAUCUAAAUUUCAUGUUUUUAUUUUAUAUUUUCCCUUGCUUCGCAUUUAUUGGACAGUUUUUAUUUAUUAAUACAUGUCAUAACUUUCUGGGUCAAACACUGUGAUGAGAUUUAGUAAUGUGUGUUGCCUUUUGUUGUGGUCCUUUGGGCAGAUUCAUUGAAUGUCAAAUAAAAACUGCCAUCUGUUUCAAA